UGUGUGUGUGUGUGCGCAUUUGUUAUCUCUUCAGGGCCUUUUUUUGGGCAUAAACACUGACCUUGCCAGGACCUGUCGUCCUCAUGGAGACCAAAACCUUGUCCCAAUGAGGCAGAACCUCUUUUGUCCAAGGCUCUGGUUAAGUUCAGAGCUAAGAUUUGACACUGUAGUUAGGUUCAUGUCAGGGGUAAGGCAUUAACUGGUAAAUGGAAAGUUAAGGGUAAGGCUAACCCAGAUUACUGGAAGUAAGAAUGAUAAUCCUUAAAAGAAUAGCUGCGUGUGUGUGAGAUGAUCAGAUAGAGAUGAAGCAGUGAGGAAAGAGCCAGCUGUGUAUAAAAUAAUGAUUUGAUUUGAGUGAAUGGGGGAUGGUACUGUGUAAAUGGAUGAUUGGGUGGGUCAAUUCCUUCCUAAGAUGCUCUGUGUUCCCUGCAGGCCUUUCUCUCUCUCUUUUAUCAAUCCCUUUAUCUUUCUUUUCAUCUUCCUCCUGUCCUCCCUGUCACCCUCUUUCCAGCCUGAAAAUGCAAUACAUAUACAAGUGAACUGAAGGUUUCUGCUUCCUGGUGAGAAGCAGGUGUGGUUUAUGUUUGAGUUUGAGUUUGAGAGUACAGUAUUUAAUUCUGCAUGCAGUAUUCUGAGAUUCAAGGAGAGAGAGUGCAAAAUUUUAAAAGGCAGAUCAUAAGGAAGGAGUAGAAGAGGGCACGGUGGUUAACGUAACAAGGAAUAAGCUGGGGAAAUAUAUUCUUCAUGCAGGUUCAAACACUUGUGGGAUUUAAAUGUUUCUUUGACAGUUAAUAGAAGGAAAGUGGUCGGUCUCACGAUGCAGAGGAAUAAAGGGGAGAAAAGGGAUAUACAAGAGAAACCGGCUCAGGGAAUUCAUCCACCUUGUUCUCCCUCCUUUUUUCCCUCUUCCUCCUCCUUCCUCACCUUCAGCUCUCGUGUCACCCAGGGACAGACUGCUAGAUAUAGUGGGGGAGAAGGGGAGGAAGCGAGACAUGAGACAAAGUGAGAGGACGUGAAAGACAGGCGCAAGAAUGAAGGGAAGUUUGAAACAGCCGAGGACAAAAAAGGGGUUGGCUCGUAGAUGGACAGCCAACGCUGGGGCCUGUUAUCCUAAGCAAGAUCCCGAGCGCGGUGGCAGUCACAUGAUCUCCACAGAUGACUUGGAGUAUCCACGAGAGUACCGGACGCUGGACAACAGGGGCCGCCGCUUCUCCAAUGUGGGCCUCGUGCACACGUCGGAGCACCGGCACACGGUCAGUGCUGCCCAGAGCCUGGAGGCCCUGACCAACCUGCACAAGGCGGACAUGGAGCGCAAGCGGGACGCGUUCAUGGACCACCUGAAGAGCAAGUACCAACAGCAGCAGCAGCAACAGCAGCAGCAGCAGCAGCAGCUGCAGCAUCCGCACCACAGCCCGCACCACAACCCGCCGUCGCCCUCGCCUUCCCACGCCAGCAUGAGAGGCAGUCAGUCAGAGCGGGCGGCACGUGAGCAGCAACAGCCCAACUACUGGAGCUUUAAGAGCCGCAGCCCACGGCACUCCCAGUCUACCCAGUCUGGGCUUGCCGACCAGGCCGCCAAGCUCUCCUUUGCCUCUGCCGAAUCCUUGGAGACCAUGUCAGAAGCCGACCUCCCCCUGGGCUUCAACCGGAUGAAUCGUUUCCGCCAGAGCCUGCCGCUGUCCCGCUCCGCCAGCCAGAAUAAGCUGCGCUCUCCAGAUGAAUAUCCAGGCGUGCUGUUCCUGCAGUAUGGCGACGAGACGCGCCGCGUGCACAUCACCCACGAGCUGAGCAGCAUGGACACGCUGCACGCGCUCAUCGUCCACAUGUUCCCGCAGAAGUUGACAGCGGGCAUGCUCAAGUCCCCGAACACGGCCAUCUUGAUCAAGGAUGAGGCACGCAACGUUUUCUACGAGCUCGAGGACGUCCGGGACAUCCAGGACCGUAGCAUCAUCAAGAUUUACCGCAAAGAGCCCAUCUACGCUUCCUACCCUGCUGCUGCACACCUGGCCAACGGAGACCUGAGGAGGGAGAUGGUCUACUCCUCUCGCGACUCUUCCCCGACUCGCCGCCUCAACACCCUCCCCUCCUCGUCGGCCUCGGCCUCCUCUGGCUCUCCGUCCCGCUCACGCCUCUCCUACAGCGGGGGACGCCCUCCGUCCUUUGCCGGCUCCCAUCCUCAGCACGAACAGCCCCGACACUCGCACCAUCCCUCAGCCAAUCACAGCGCUAACGCGAGCCUGUCGCCCUCACCCAGCGCCAUCCUGGAGCGCCGUGACGUCAAGCCCGAUGAAGAGGUUUCUGCGAAAAACAUGGCAUUGAUGAAGAAUGAAGGGCUGUACGCAGAUCCCUACAGCUUGGUGCACGAGGGUCGCCUCAGCAUCGCUUCCACCCAGUCUUUAGCUGCCAUCGGAGACCCCUUCAGCUUCCCCGUCUCCAGUGGCCUGUACCGCCGCGGCUCGGUUCGAUCCCUCAGCACCUACUCAGCUGCUGCACUUCAGGGAGACCUGGACGACUCUCUGUACAAACCGGGAGGUUCGCUCUACUCUGACACGUAUUCCUCAGCCACCCUGGGAAUGGGUUUCCGCAUGCCGCCCUCGUCGCCACAGAAAAUCCCCGACAUGCAGCUGAGGGACAGGGACUAUUCCAGCUCUCCCAGCAGAGCGUCGCCUCUGAGGCAGACGUUUCGCAAGGACUCGACCUCUUCCUCUGUGUUUGUGGAGAGCCCAAAGUCAAGGCCCAGCUCCGGUUCAGAGCCUCUGUGUCUGACUGCCGGCCCUGGGGAGGGUGGCAGGGCCACGCCUGGUUUUGGUUCUUCAUUGACUGGUCAAGACCCUGACAGUAGCAGGGAUCAUCGGCUGGAGCGGAUGGAGGCCAUGGAGAAGCAGAUAGCGAGCCUGACCGGCCUGGUCCAGAGUGUGUUGACCAGAGCACCGGACAGCGACAGCACAUGCGGCCUGCUGCGUCUCUGCAUGAUGGCGGGCUGCCCUCCGGACCAGGGGAGCGAGUUUUCACGGCCAUUACCUUUCUCUUCCAGCGAGAAGACCGAAACCAACAGUGACGGCUCCGCCACUGGAACUGGACGGCUGAAGCGCAAAGCUCACACACCAUCAGCACCUCUAGCUCUGAUGCCGCCGCCGCCUUCUAACAGCAUCAGCCGCUUGCAGAUGCACCUCCACCUGCAGGGCCUGCAGCAGAAUGCCACCGACCUGCGCAAACAGCUCGCCCAGCUGCGUAAGACACAGAUGGAGAACCAGGAUUCGGUGAAAACUCUGCUGAAGCGGACGGAGGCGGAGCUGAACGUGCGCGUGGCAGACGCCCUGAGGAAGCAGGAGGAUCCUCUGCAGAGACAGCGCCUCCUCGUGGAGGAGGAGAGGCUCAAGUACCUCAACGAGGAGGAGCUCAUCAUCCAGCAGCUCCACGAUCUGGAGAAGUCAGUGGAGGAGAUCCAGAAGGAGUCAUCCGUCAACCACAAGCUCGUGUCGGUGCAGGAGUUGGAGGAGAAGGCCAGUGUUCUGAGAAAAGUGGGAGAAACACUCACGGAGCUGAAAAAUCAGUUCCCCGGCCUGCAGAGCAAGAUGCGGGUGGUGCUCAGGGUAGAAGUGGAGGCCGUCAAGUUCCUGAAAGAAGAGCCGCACAGACUCGACGCCCUGUUAAAACGCUGCAAGACUAUAACUGACACCCUCGCCACCAUGCGCAAACAAGCGAAUGAGGGGGUUUGGAAGAAGCAGGAGGACUUUUCCAGUCCUUCACUGAAGCACAACAACGACGACUUGCGAAAGUUGUCAGACUUUGACAUUCCCACUAGCUCACCUAUCACCAUCAAUGACCUCGGAGGAGGCAACAGUCUCUCUAACUGGAGCCCCCACUCCAGCAUUAGCCGGGGUCACGGGAACCCAUCUGGCCCUCACAAGGACAAUUAUCCACCUGUUCCCCACAAGGGCAAAGCCCUGGAAGAGCUGGAGCGUCGUGCUGCUGCAGACAAAGCUUUGUCCGUGGAGGUCCGACUGGCGGCCGAGCGGGACUGGGAGGAGAAGCGGGCCAGUCUGACCCAGUACAGCGCUCAGGACAUCAACCGGCUGCUGGAGGAGACCCAGGCCGAGCUGAUGAAGGCAAUUCCGGACCUGGACUUUGCUGCCAAGCAGAUUAAGCCCGCCUCCAACACAACAGCUUCCUCUCAGAAUCCGCAGAGUGGGACAGCGACCCCAGAGCACCGCGUCAGCAAGCCCCAGCACAAGCUCACCGGGAAAGAUGGGGGAUCCAGGCGUGGCUCUGAUGAGCUUACAGUGCCUCGAUAUCGCACAGAAAAGCCCUCCAAGUCUCCUCCUCCACCUCCACCUCGACGUAGCUUCCCAUCUUCCCCGGGCAUAACCUCCCGCAGUGGAGAGCCUCUCAUUCCUGGUAAAAGUAUAAAGAAGUCUGAAUCUGAGGAGGCUGAAAUACAGAAGCCUCAUGUAAAGCUGCGGAGGGCCGUGUCUGAAAACCCUCGUCCUGCAUCGACACCUCCUACAUUGGCCUCUGGGGACAAGGAGGAAGGAGAGGAGGAUAAAAUCGCUGCUGAAUUGGAGCUGUUUGAGCGAGCCCCACACAGGUUCACCUUACCCUCAUCCAAUUCCCUGCCUGUUAGCCCUUUCAGCGGGGAAAGUGAAUCCCCCUACAGACUGGACCUGAGGUCUUCUCAGACCCUAGGCACUCAGGGAAGUGGCUUGUCUCCUGUCCCCCACAUCGUGUUGACACAGUGUUCCCCGGUUUCGCACACUUCUGCAGAGGAGCCUGUCAGAGAUUUAGGAAAUGCCUCCACGGAGGAGACUCCAUCGCAAGAUCCUACGGAGGCUCAAUUCACAAAGGGAAGAGUUCCAUGUGGAAGCUCUCCUCAGCGGGAGAAGCAGGACGUGGAGCUAAAGCAGGAGCUUGCUCUGCUGCUGACUGAGAUGGAGAUGAGGGUGGUGUCUUCUCUUGAGGCCCAGGACCUCAGCAAGACUCUAGGAGAAGUUAUAAAGACUCUGACCAUCUUACCACAGACAAAAGAAGUCUCUGAGGCUCAGCUGGGAGACAGACCACUCCUUGUGCUCUUCAGGGAGGAAAAAACUGUCAGGGAGGCUUAUACGCUGUUGAAUUCCCUUCUGGAUUCUUCGAAGCCGGUGCCCAAACCCAGAAUAAAAUCCUCCCUUUGCUCGGGGAGGCAGAAGUCUCUGGUGGAGGCUCUGAGGAGAGGAAUAGAGACAGGGGAGAGGACGCUGAGGCUCCAGCACAACACUGUUACAAAGAAGAAACCUCCUGCGGCAGAGCAGGGUUUAGAAAACACUCCACAGUGCAGAGGCUCUGUGGACUGGCAUGCCAGUCGGAGAACAGCAGACGUGCGCCGCAGCACCUACAAGAGGCUGGACAGCCUGGAGGAGACCAUUCGAGAGCUGGAGAACACCUUGAUAGAGAUCAGCGGCCAUCCGAGUGCGGAGCAGCUCUACGCUGACACAGCCGUCAGAAUGGCUCCGGCGCAGAUGACUGGAAGUCCGUACCCAAAGACCAUGAAGCCUCUGGUUCCACCCAAGCCGUCAUCAGCGAGCGCAGCAUCAGUCCAGAGAGGAAAUAGUCCCGCCGUUACUAAGGUUCUCCACUCCUCGGCUACCUCCAAGCUGAAGCACCUGCAGCAGAACAGCACGGACAAGACUAAAGGUGGCAAGAGAGAGGAGUUCCUGAAGAUGCAGGGCCAGCAGCAGCAGCAGCAGUGAGCGACCUCUGCGUGUCCAGCCUUUUCAGCUCCCGUCUUUCUUUUUUUUUUUGUGUCUCCUUGACGACAGAGCGACACAUAACCUAUGUGCCCCUUUUUUCUUUAUCAACUGCCUUCACAUCUGAUUGUUUUCUCUACACUGAAUCCUGUUCUGUGUGCAUUCAUGGGUGUGUGUGUGUGAGUGUGUAUGUGUGUGCAAGCAUGCUUGCAUGGGCAUGUUUGACCAUAACAGUAAGGGAAGGUGCUGCAGGUGACAGUGCUCAGCAACGACCAUUUUUAAGACUUUAAUUUUCCACAAAUUCCCCCUUUGGCCCAUGAAAAAUCCUCUCUUUCCACCCCUGCCUUCCCCACUUCUCCUGUCUCCUGUGUCCCUGCUCUACCUGAAGGCCUUGGGGAUCAACAGGAGCAGCAGCAGCAGUAUUGAGCCACACCUCUCUGGCAUCAAAACGGGCGUUUUCCCCAACCGAGUGCCCUCUUCAUCUGCAGUGUUCGCCCCUGGAUUGAGGAAGUACCCCCAGGAGGGGGCGCUACCAUCGCUGACGGCCUCUUCCAGUCAAGCAAAGGCGCUGCUGGCGAGUCUGUGUGCCUCCGGCCUGACUGCAGAGGCCCUGCUCCUCUCCUCCACCCUCCGUCAGCACCGGCUCCUGCGUGAGCGCCGAGCCUCCUCCCUGCCUCCGUCCGGCAGCCGGUCCUCCUCCCCUACUCCUGCUGCUACCCCCUCCUCCUCCUCUUCAUCAUCUUCCUCACCCACCACCCCUACUGCUUCCUUGUCUCCCUCCUCUCCUUCCUCGUCGAGUCCUCUCACCUUCUCCUCUGAGAAUCACAAGCUCAGCAGCCGAAGCUUUGACAGCCGGCAUGUUACCCCUGGCAACUCCCUGUGAUGAAGAAGAGGAAGAGAAGGAGGAGGAGGAGGACACACCUUUUUUUUUUAAAGAUGCCUCUUGGCCUUUUCUUUUGUGUUUUUCAGGCCUCAUGAGUCACCGUGUAUUUACGAAAAAGAACUACCAUACUGUAAAUGGAGUUGCAAUCUUCUUCUUCUUGGACAUGUUUCGGACUCUGAUCUGGUUCCACAGUUUCUCUAAAGUUCUCAUACACAGUCAUACUGCCAGUUCCAAAGCUAGAGAGCGCACAAACGGGGGCUCCCUCCCACCAGCUGGAGGAUUUCUGGAUCUCAUAUAAUACCCUCACUCACGUGGGUCGUUAGCAGAGUAGAAAUAUACAAUAUAAUUAUCUUGACUGUGACUUUUAUCAUAGAAAAUAGGAUGCAAUAAUCACAAAGUGAGUCCUGUAGUCGUGUGUGUUCUGGAUAAUAAUCUACUCUCGCUCACCUGCGUCACAGCAGAACGUGAGUCUGCUCAGAGAGACUAAAAAAAGAAAAAAAAAAAUCAA